GCAGAAUCCACACCUCGAAAAUUUCACAAAUGGAGUUUCCCAAGUUCGUACUGCUUUUCCUGUCUUCCAUUCUUAUUUCCUCGUUCUUAGCUCCUGCUUUUGCUAUCAAAAAGUCGUAUAUAGUGUACUUGGGAUCCCACUCGCACGGUCCGGACGUACUAGAAGCUGAUCUUCAUCGUGUCACGGACUCUCAUCAUGAAUUCCUUGCAUCAUUCGUGGGGAGUAUUGAGAAGGCCCAGGAUGUCAUACUCUACUCAUACGUCAGGCACAUCAAUGGUUUUUCAGCCAUCCUCGACGAGGAGGAGGCUGCUCAGAUCGCAAAGCAUCCAAAAGUGGUGUCCGUUUUCCCAGACCAGCCAAGACAGUUACACACAACAAAUUCCUGGCAUUUUAUGUCUUUGGAAAAUAAUUAUGGAAUGAUCCCAUUCUUUUCAGCUUGGAAGAGAGGUGAAUUUGGUAAAGACGUAAUCAUAGCAAAUCUUGAUACUGGUGUUUGGCCUGAAUCUAGAAGCUUCAGUGACCACGGGAUGGGACCUGUUCCAUCAAGGUGGAAAGGCACAUGUGAGACAAAUCGUAUUGCCGAUGAUGUUCAUUGUAACAGAAAGGUGAUUGGAGCAAGAUACUUCAACAAAGGCUAUCUUGCCGCAGUUGGUGGUAUCUUAGACCAUACAUAUAACUCUCCUCGUGAUGAUAGCGGCCACGGUUCUCAUACAUUGUCUACAGCCGGAGGUAAUUUUGUCAUUGGAGCCAGUCUAGGCAAUGUCACUGGAACUGCCAAAGGCGGUUCUCCCCAUGCACGAGUGGCUACUUAUAAGGUCUGUUGGCCGAGCUCAGGGUGCUACGAUUCUGAUAUCCUGGCAGGCUUUGAUAUGGCCAUUCAUGACGGGGCUGAUAUCAUAUCAGUCUCGCUUGGUGCAAACUCUCCAAACAUAGAAUACUUUUCCGAUUCAGUUGCCGUUGGAGCAUUUCAUGCUGUCAAGAAUGGUAUUACUGUGGUAGCUUCUGCUGGAAACGCAGGGCCACUCCCUGGAACUGUUGUAAACGCUGCACCUUGGAUCAUAACUGUAGGAGCUAGCACUCAGGACCGUGAGUUUCGAAACUUUGUUCGAACUCCUAAUGGGAUGAUUCUUAAGGCUAGAUUUGCCAACUCAUCCGCCAAUGAUGCAUUGCUGUGUCUGCAAGGAACACUCGAUCCAGAAAAGGUGAAGGGUAAAAUCCUGGUCUGCCAGAGGGGCGGAAUUGAAAGAUUAGAGAAGGGGGUGAACGCAGCUAAUGCCGGUGCCGUUGGAAUGAUUCUAUACAAUGAUUAUUCCACUGGUAACGAACUUGUUGCUGACCUUCAUGUCCUUCCAGCAACACAUAUCACAUAUAAGGAUGGUCUUAAACUCUCUGCAUACCUUAAUUCUACUGCUAAUCCACUUGGGUUUAUUACACCCCUAGAGGUAUUCAUUGGUAAGAAGCCUGCUCCAGUCAUGGCCGGAUUCUCCUCGAGAGGACCAAAUGUUCUUACACCAGAGAUCCUUAAGCCUGAUAUUACAGCACCUGGGGUGGAUAUCAUAGCAGCAUAUAGCGAAGGUUUUUCAGAAGAUGGUCAGAAGGUCCCUUAUAACAUGUUAUCCGGAACGUCAAUGUCUUGUCCUCAUGUGUCUGGAGUGGCUGGGCUCAUCAAGGCAGCUCAUCCCGAAUGGAGUCCAGCCGCAGUGAGAUCUGCCAUCAUGACCACAGCCAGAACAUGGGACAAUACUGGAUUCCCAAUACUGGAUUAUAAUGAAUCUGAGAAGUCAUCUCCAUUCAAUCAUGGUGCUGGACAUAUCAGUCCAAACAAAGCUCAAAAUCCAGGUUUGGUCUAUGACUUGACAACCAAUGAUUACUUGGACUUCCUCUGUGCCAUUGGUUACAAUGAGACAAUUGUUCAGUCUUUCUCUGAAACUCCAUACAAAUGCCCCAAAUCGGCCAGUCUUCUGAACUUCAACUACCCUUCAAUAGUGGUUCCCCAUCUCAACGGUACUACCACAGUCACCAGAAAGUUGAAGAAUGUUGGUGCCCCAGGCAUUUAUGUUGCUCUUGUUCGUGAACCACUUGGUAUUUCUGUUACUGUGGAGCCUAAAUUUUUGAGCUUUGUAAAGAUGGGUGAGGAGAAGAGCUUCAAGAUGACUCUAACAGGUGUAGCUGAAAAACAUGUCUUUGGUGACCUUACUUGGAGAAACCGCAGGCAGUUCGUCAGGAGUCCAAUUGUUGUUACUGCAGCCAACAGCCGUUAACUUGUUUAGGAAUUUCUUAGCUUAGGUAAUCAUUCCAUUUAUUUACUCUACUUUUACCAUCAUUAGCCUCCAGUUAGUUUAAUUUGAUUAUUAUGUAGGGUAACAUUUACGUUACAUAUAAGGGGGAUGUUUAAUUGAAGCCAGAGAUUAAUACUUCGAUGAAAAUUUAAUCCUUCUUUUACUUAAACUUUUGUUUAUGUUUAUUUCUAGACAAAAUGUGCAAAUCUCUCCUCAAUACUUUUUAGUUCCUAACAAAUAAUUGAAGUAAAU